AUGAAUUUCAAGAACAACAAUUUGGGGACUGAGCCACCGCCCGGAGAUGGUGGAGGAGGAGGAGGAGCGUUGACCAGACCGGCGUUGACUCGACAAGGAUCGAUAUACUCGUUGACAUUCGACGAGUUUCAGAACAGUUUGGGUAAAGAUUUUGGGUCAAUGAACAUGGACGAGCUGUUAAAGAACAUAUGGAGUGCUGAAGAAACACAAGCCAUGGCUAUGGCUGCUUCAACAAGUGGUGUGAUUCCACUUCCUGGAGGCCAAGAGGGUUUGCAGUUACAGAGACAAGGCUCUUUGACUCUGCCUCGAACGCUAAGCACGAAAACGGUCGAUCAAGUGUGGAAAGAUCUCUCUAAAGAUGGAAACAAUGGAGGAGGAGGAGGAACAAACUUGUCUCAGUCUCAGUCACAGUCUCAGAGCCAGAGGCAGAGAGAGCAGACGUUAGGUGAAGUAACUCUAGAGGAGUUCUUGGUACGUGCUGGCGUUGUAAGAGAGGAAGCUCCGGUUGCUGCAAACGACAAAGGCGGAUACUUUGGAAACGAUGCUAACAAGGGUUUCUCUGUUCAGGCUUCACCACAAGUUGUUCCCGGUUUAAUAGGGAAUCUUGGUGAAGAGACUGUGAAUCUUGGUUCUAGUUUGCCUCUGAAUGUAAAUGGAGCAAGAUCAACAUACCAGCAACCGCAAGCGCAACAGCCACAGCCGAUCAUGCCUAAGCAGCCCGGUUUUGGUUAUGGAACACAGAUUGGGGUAAGAGGUGGGCUUAUGGGACUUGGAGAUCAGUCUCUAACGAACAAUAUGGGGCUGGUGCAAGGUGGUGGAGCUAUAGGGGUGGUUGGUGCUGUGUCUCCUGUUACGCCGUUGUCAUCAGAUGGGAUAAAGAAGAACAACGGUGAUUCUUCGUCGUUAUCUCCGUCUCCUUACAUGUUUAAUGGUGGUGUGAGAGGUAGGAGGAGUGGUGGCAAUGUGGAGAGAGUUGUUGAGAGAAGGCAAAGGAGAAUGAUCAAGAACCGUGAAUCAGCUGCAAGAUCACGCGCUAGGAAACAGGCUUAUACGGUGGAGCUUGAAGCUGAAGUUGCAAAGUUAAAGGAAGAGAAUGACGAGUUGCAACGAAAACAGGCAAAAAUUAUGGAAAUGCAAAAGAAUCAGGAGAUGGAGAUGAGGAAUCUUGAAGGAGGAGCAAAGAAAAGGCUGAGGAGGACAGAGUCAGGACCUUGGUGA